AUGGCCACGGAGCAGGGGAGGGGGCAGCAUGACCCAGCCCUGGCCCCCAGCUCCCAGAAGUCCCCUGUGGGGGUCAUGGCUCCCAGCAGUGGUGCUGAGGGCCAACGCUUGACCAGGACGAGAAGCAAGAGGGAGAGGGGGCUCCAGGGGUCCCGGAAAGGGGCUGGCAGCCCUGAGGCCUCAGGGGGCAGCGAGAACCCCUCGAGGACAGGAGGAGGACAGGAGGAGCCAGCCCCUGCCGCCCCCGGGCCGGCCUCUAGUCGCCAGUCCCACCGGCAUCGUCCUGGCCCCCGGCAUGAUGCUGCUCAGAAGACAUAUGGGCCCCUGCUCAAUCACAUCUUUGGGAAGGACCGAGAGCUGGGCCCCGAGGAGCUGGACGAGCUGCAAGCCGCCUUCGAGGAGUUUGACACUGACCGUGACGGCUACAUUGGCUACCGGGAUCUGGGCACCUGCAUGCGGACGCUGGGCUACAUGCCCACGGAGAUGGAGCUCAUCGAGGUCUCCCAGCACGUCAAGAUGCGAAUGGGUGGCCGUGUGGACUUCGAGGAGUUUGUGGAACUGAUGGGCCCGAAGCUGAGGGAGGAGACGGCACACAUGCUGGGGGUGCGGGAGCUGCGCAUCGCCUUCCGAGAGUUCGACAGGGACAGGGAUGGACGAAUCACGGUGGCAGAGCUGCGACAGGCAGCACCGGCUCUGCUGGGGGAGCCGCUGGCGGAUCCUGAGCUGGAUGAGAUGCUCCGAAAUGUGGACCUCAAUGGGGACGGCACCGUAGACUUUGAUGAGUUUGUGAUGAUGCUUUUCACCCACUGA